AGUUGACCCGACAUAGUGCGGGUAAUCCCGAAAGCUUGUUCAAUCUCCGCUCAAACCUUAAGUCCCUACCAGGCAUAUCAUCAAGUUUUGAGUCAGCGUAUCGCUCGAUAACUUUGACAACGAAAACACCAAAAGCUCGUCAAAAUGACUCUCGCUGUCGAUCUAUUGAACCCCUCUGCAGAACAUGAACGCAAGCAGCACAAGCUCAAGCGUCUCGUGCAAUCCCCUAACUCAUACUUCAUGGACGUAAAAUGCCCAGGAUGCUUUGCUAUCACCACUGUAUUCUCUCAUGCACAAUCAGUAGUUCUUUGUGGCUCGUGUGCAAGUGUCCUCUGCCAACCUACGGGUGGUAAGGCAAGACUGACUGAGGGUUGCUCAUUCCGCCGGAAAAACUAGAUACUUCACUUGCACUCUUCAUCUCUAGUGAUAAUAGUGCAGACUGGAUGAUUUUAUGCGGCAUUGUAUCACUAUUCUUCUUCAAAAUCCAUGGCCACAACGACACUACGGUAAGCAGGAAUAGUGAAUGUUUGGCCGUUCGUCACUUUUGGUUAUCACUUCAUUCGAGCAAUACCUCAAUAUCAUGGGCUCCCAUGAUGCAUUAUUCUGAACGAGUGCGCCUCACGGAUACCGUGUAUUGCAGUUCGCUGAUGGCUCAAUGCCAUCUACGGGAAUAAGUAAGUUACUGCUCGAACCAUCCCAUUGACCAAAACAUCAGCGCGAGUCGGAGGGGUCUCAACGGUGCUCCCGAGCUUUUUCUCCUUCCACUUGCAGCCUGUAUCACGUUUCAUCGCUGGAAGGGUUUGCCUGAGUACUCUCUCAGGGGUAUCAUGUAACUUGCCCGCUUCUCAGUCAUCACGGUCGCAAUUAAUCGGCGCAAACAAGACUUCC